UCAUCCACAGAUUCUGAAAUAGUACAGUUUAUUGAUUUAACAGAAGGCGAGCUAAUGCAGGAGUCCUUAGAUGAAUGGCGAUCCUUACGUUGUCAGCAGGAUCAAGAGUACCAGGAGUCUUUGCUUGCAGAUCAAGAAAAGCAUAAUAUGCAGAAGCAUUCUUUGGAAAAUGAAGAAAGACGUAGAAAGGCUAUACAUGAGAGACAGUUGAGAAUGGCUGAUGUUCCUGAGCCAGCUGAUGUUGUUCCACUCAGAUUUAAGUACCCCAGUGGCAUUACAAGAACAAGAAAAUUUGUUCUGUCUGAAUCCAUUCAGAUAUUAUUUGAUUUUGUCGGAGAAGAUGAUGAUGCUACAGAGUAUUUUCACAUUCAAGAUGCUCUGUCAGUAACAACUCUUAAAAGCAACAUGACUGGAACACUUUUGGGGAACAAUAUCAAUGGUUCAAGAACACUUUACAUCCACUGGAUUCAAAUUGAUGAUUUGGAGUUUGUCCCAGCACUUGAUUCCAACAAUCAAGCUGAAUCUCCCAGUGUCAGCAACCAGUUCUUUCCAAUGCCAGCAACUUCUUUUUCUUUGCCAUCAUCACCUACUUUUUUACCAGAGACGGACAGCUCAUUCUUUCAUGAAGGUGAACAAAUAUCCGAAGGUUCAGUAGAUGGUGGUGGACCCACUCGGGAGUAUUUAAGAUUGCUUAUGAAAGCCAUUCAACAGUCCAGCAUAUUUGAAGGACCAGAGACAGAUAAGACACUGGCUCUCGAUAGUCAAGGUGUGGGUGAUAAAUCGCCUGCGAUUCUCAUGUGUAUCUCAUCAGUAAAGCCGGUUUCAUGA